GCACUUACCAAUAUUACAGUUUGAAGAUCACUGUUCACAAGUUUUACUUUAUAUACUAAAAGAAAGUUACGAAAAACUUGUUAAAUUUGAAAAUUCAGCAAUUCAUUCAAUUUUAUGCAUCUAAUAACUUACGUAUUACCUCUUUAUUUUUUAUGGCAACCAUUGUACAUUUUCGUUUUUAUAAUUGUAUUGAAUUACAGUACUUUUUACAACAAUAAUUCAGCAGAAUUGCCGUUAUUUGCAUAUCCACAUGUAUACACGUAUUAUCGGCAUUGACUCGUCGGUGAAAGAACAUUGCUAAUUAAAUAGUAUUAAGUUGUUUUUGAGAUUUGAUAGCAGCAACAUUUAAACGCAACAUCGCACAAUGGGCACCCGCAUGGUUCUGCAAAUAGUUGUCUUUCUUGUGCUUAUUACUUUAACUUACACCAUCCCUGCUGAUAAGGACUGUCCACCCUUAAAUGAUGCUGAUAAUCUCUCACAGACACAGUUAAUUCAGCGUCUCACUCACGGAUGUCGUUAUGAUCGCCUGGAGCGACCAGAUAGUGGUGCCCCCCUACCAAUAGAUGUGUAUGUGCGCGCGUACAUAUAUUUUAUGCAAAACUUGGAGGCUCAUGAUUUGCAAUUUAAAAUACAUGUUCUGCUGCAGUUGCGCUUUCUCGAUCCACGCCUAACUUUUCGUAAAGUGGCACCAAAAAGAAGACAGCCGAUUUUGGGCGAGAAACAGUUACGUGAUACGCUUUGGAUGCCGCAUAUUUUUCUGGCAAAUGAGAGGGAUUCGAGCCUACUGGGCACCAACGAAAAGGACAUACUAACUUCAAUUUCACCUGAUGGCACGGUAAUUAUCUCGUCCCGUAUUAAAGCUACCCUGUACUGCUGGAUGAAUCUGCAGAAAUUUCCUUUUGAUGAACAGCAAUGCAGUACCAUAUUAGAGAGUUGGAUGUACAAUACCUCCGAGCUUGUGCUGCAUUGGGAACAAAAGCGGCCGAUAACUAUUGAUCCAGCAUUGCAUCUUACUGAAUACAUUUUAAACGGUGUCUGGUCCAAUGAAACUGUUGUCAAUGCAGACUUGAAUGAUUUGAGGCAUGGUGCCUUUGCUGGGAAUUACAGCUCACUGAGUUUUUCGGUGCAUUUAAUGCGUGAAGUAGGUUUCUACGUCAUGGACUAUUUCCUGCCCUCAAUAUUGAUUGUGGCCAUAUCGUGGGUAUCAUUCUGGUUACAAGCUGAUCAAGCGGCGCCACGCAUCAUGCUUGGCACUAGCACAAUGCUAACAUUUAUAACACUUGCUUCAGCUCAAGGUAAAACUUUACCAAAAGUUAGUUAUAUAAAAGUCUCCGAAGUGUGGUUUCUUGGUUGCACACUUUUUAUUUUCGGUAGUCUAAUCGAAUUUGCUUUCGUUAAUACCAUUUGGCGUCGCAAACGCAAUGUGGAUGUAAAGAAAUUGAAUAGCAAACAUAUACUGAAGUCAACGUUGUCGCCACGUCCUUCACGGCGUGCCUCGGUGCGUUCACGUUCCUUUUGUGCGCCAACUGCUACUGGUCAAGGAUCCAAUGAAGCGUUGUCAUUUAAUAAUUACCUAACCGUACACAAUAUACCUAUUCAUACCAUACACGAAAAUGAAGCACUGGAUACCUCGUCGAAAGAUACUAGUUUUACCGGCACAACCGCAAAUACGGGCGAUUCGAGUUGUAGCAAGCGCGAUUUGAUAAAUAUGGAAAUGGGCGAAGAGCAACAAAAUAACGGUUGGACCACGCUUACACCACAAGAAAUAUCCAUGUGGAUCGAUCGAAAGGCGCGUUGUGCAUUUCCAUUAGCUUUUCUUAUCUUCAACGUAUUCUUUUGGACGUUUGUCUAUGUGGUUUAGUGUAAUAGAAAGUGAGAGCACACCAACGUGGUCAUUCAUAAAUGCUUAGCAAUGCGGUUAUGCGAAUCAUUUUUUAAAACUAAUAAUAAGUGGCUAAUAUUUAUUUUAUAAUAAGCGAACCUUGGUGAAAAAUUAUAUUAACUUUAUUGCAAAUUCAAAUAAUGUGAUAUUUUAAAGCUCGUUGAUACAAAAUGUGAUUUAUUAAUUCUAUGUAAAAAUGUGGAAUUUAUGUUCCUCAAAAUUAAAGCCGAAAAUGUAGUAUAUGGCAGCCUGGCCUGAAAAAUUGCAUGACUUAUAUGUAAAACCGGCCAAAGCUCACGCAGCCUUUGUUUUAGAAACUCGUUGCGGAGCCCCAAUAAGCUUAAUCGAUUGCUGUCACAAAAUAAAACAUAAUUUUACCUUUAUCUACUUAA